AUGACGAGUCGUAAACUCCGGAUUGGUAUUGGUCUAUCGGUGCUCCUCUUCAGUGCAUUACUGGUCUUUAUGCUCAGCUUGUUCUUUCUACCCCGAACUCGUGUGAAGUCUCGCAUCUGCGCUAUGCCCUUUCGAAAUGCUAUUCUUUCUAAUGUCUGUUCGUCUUCAGUGGCGCAUCGAGUCGCAUCUAAUUCUAUUAUCGAUGGUUCGCACAACUCAAACGCGCGAACACUUGGCAUUGCCACUUCUAUUUUCGUUAUCUCGCUUGCUAGGAGGACUGAUCGUAGACAAGUCAUGGACAUGCUACUCGGGGAUGCUUUAGGCCUCAACUGGAGUUACUUUGAUGCCCUUGACAAGAAUGAUCCCCUCGUCAACAGGAUUCUAUUCGAAGUAUCAAGGCUAAGAGUUGACGCAUCAAAUUCAAGCUUCAAAUGGCCAGAUACACUUGAAGAGGCGCGAAAAGAGUCGUUCGGCUUGGAGAAAAUAGCGUAUGAUGAUACAGGUGACAGGAACGUUACUACUGAACCUUUGCUCUGUGCCACCGGAGACAACAACAUUCCUUCAUACACGAAUUCAUCGUCUGCUCCGUUCCAUAAGAAACUGUCAAAAGGAAUGAUUGCCUGUUGGUAUUCUCAUAUACAGCUUCUGGAAAACAUUGUCAAACACACAAGACACGUCCGCAAUGAUUCUUGGGACGGACGGGAGGGAGUAACGGUCAUCUUCGAAGAUGAUGUUGAUGUAGAGUGGGACAUGCGUGAAAGACUGGAGAAGAUGUGGGUGGAUCUACCUCAAGAAUGGGACAUAGUCGUGCUUGGACAUUGCUGGUCAAACGAGUUAUUCCACCCAUCUAUCACGCCCACGUCUCCUCUCCAUCCAUCACAUCGCCCCAAAUGUACUCAUGGCUACGUCGUUUCGCCCUUCGGCGCUCGCCGUCUUCUAUCUCACCUAUCAUACGCUCCCUUCGCAUUCUCACGAGCACUUGACCAGGCAAUUGCCCAUCUCAUCUCAACACGGCGCAUCCGCAGCUUCAGCGUGGUACCAAGCAUCGUGGUACAACGCCGAUGUCCACCUGGUAAUUCAACUUCGCUCGAAUGCGCAUAUGGUUCUGCAGAUAACGGAGAUUCCGAUAUUUGGGUUAAUGGAGGGAAGAAAGGGAGUAAAUGGCGAGAUUCGUUGGAGGACAGUGCACUUGAACGCAUCCAUAAGGGACAAACCCAUACUGUGUUGACGGACGGGCCCGGUAUCGAAGGACCCGAAGAACACGCGCCCGAUCGAACUGUUACUGCGGAUUCCUAG